UAUCAAUAUGAAAAAUAAAAUAAAAUUCAGGUCCAUAAUCAUAGAAAGUGAUUAUAGUUUUUCAUUUAUGACAAGAUGAAUCCCACCUUACGUACUUAUCUAAUGGAUCUAGUCAGAUGCAAAUAGAAUAAGAAGUCAUAUAUAUCUUGCCUCACCUGCGAAACAAGAAUACAAAUUGAAAACUACCCAUAAGACAUUCAUUUCACUUGUAGCUUUGGCAAUGUCUUUAGCAAGGUGAAUGGAACGAUCCAACAAUGCCAAAACAACUUGUACAUGCAGACAAACAGCAAGACAUCAACGUAGGUGACAACAACCAAAGGAAGAGGAAUGCUAAACUAGAAAGGAGAUAGAUGGCGAGUGCAAGAAGUUCAUCGUCUUCCCUUUUUUUUCACCACUUACAUAAACUAAAGCAUCUACGUGAAUCCACAACCAUCGCAGUGAAAUAGAUUAUGGGACUCAAUUGCAUGAUAAGGUACGUAAUCUAAUGUGAGAGCACAAAACGUCGGUCGUUCUGGGAUAUAAAACCCUAAUGUCCUCAAUCCCUUGAACAAACAAACUGGAAACAUCUCAAAGAUUGUUUCAAGUGAAGAAACUUCACAUUAAAGCAUCUGGGCUUGGAGCAAGAUGAAGGGGGAAUCUGCAGUAGAUUUCGCAAUUCUCUGCUCAUGCAUUCUUAUGUCAGUUGUUGGCGGUAAUGCCGGAGGAAUUGCGACAUAUUGGGGCCAGAAUGGAAACGAAGGUACCUUGGAAGAGACUUGCGCCACCGGCAACUACGACUUUGUCAACAUAGCUUUUCUCCCGACUUUCGGCGAUGGUCAUCCGCCCAUGAUCAAUCUCGCCGGUCACUGUGACCCGACCGUCAAUGGUUGCGUGGGUUUGAGCUCUGAUAUCGAGUCCUGCCAAGCCAGGGGCAUAAAGGUGAUGAUUUCUCUCCGGGGAGACAAAGGGAGUCCCCCAAUAGCCUCCAAGCAAGACGCUGAGGAAAUCGCGGCUUACAUCUGGAACAACUUCUUGGGAGGCCAUUCGUCGCUUCGCCCUCUCGGCGACGCCGUCCUGGAUGGCGUGGACUUCGAUAUCGAAGGAGGGUCCAAUGCGCACUUCGACGAUCUCACAACCUACUUAUCCAAAUACAGUGAAAACGGUAGCAGGGUCUGUCUGACCGCAGCUCCUCAGUGCCCUUACCCCGACGCUUGGCUCGGAGGUGCUCUCGAGACCGGUUUGUUCGACUAUGUCUGGGUCCAGUUCUACAACAACCCUCCAUGCCAAUACAAUUCCUCCGCCAUCGGCAACCUUGAAGAUGCUUGGAAGCAGUGGAUCACCAUUCCCGCAAAGCAAAUCUUCUUGGGACUGCCGGCGUCCCCUGAUGCAGCCGGCAGCGGCUUCAUUUCGGUCAGCGAUCUCCUGUCUGAAGUUCUUCCGGGCGUUCAACGAUAUCCUGAGUAUGGAGGCGUAAUGCUGUGGUCAAGAUACUACGAUGAUCAAUCUGGAUAUAGCCAUGCCAUUAGGAAAUAUGUUUGACUUUCAAGCAUUCUGCCCAUGGCCUGCAAUAAACAAGUUUGUAUGUUUUAAUACACGUUAGUGUAGUUAUUAUAAUCAAGCCCACGACUUUUUUUA